ACAGCAGCAGCCAUCUUGUUUCCCAGUGCUAGCUAAAUAAAUUAAUUAUUACGCCGAGUCGAGACUUCUCUUCGAACCCGUAAAACAGACAGAGUAGGAGAUGUCUACAGACACAUUUGGAGCUGCCGGCAGCGAUGCCCAGCAAACCUUGCAGUCCUUCUGGCCUCGGGUUAUGGAAGAGAUCAGGAACCUGACUAUGAAGGAUUUCCGUGUACAGGAGCUGCCCCUGGCUCGAAUCAAGAAAAUCAUGAAGCUGGAUGAGGAUGUCAAAAUGAUUAGUGCAGAGGCUCCAGUCUUGUUUGCCAGGGCAGCUCAGAUCUUCAUCACAGAGCUCACCCUCCGAGCAUGGAUUCACACCGAGGACAACAAGAGACGCACGCUGCAGAGGAACGACAUUGCCAUGGCAAUAACAAAGUUUGACCAGUUUGAUUUCCUGAUUGACAUCGUGCCUCGGGAUGACCUGAAGCCCCCAAAACGACAGGAGGAGAUGCGCCAGUCAGUAGCUCCAGCAGAACCGGUGCAGUACUACUUCACCUUGGCACAACAGCCGGGAGCUGUACAGGUGCAGGGAACACAAGGUCAGCAACCUGGGGCACAAACGGCUACGACCAUCCAACCUGGACAGAUCAUCAUCGCACAGCCUCAACAAGGACAGAUGCUGCAAGGUGCCACCAUGCAGCAGUUACAACAAGUGCAGUUGCAAUCACAGGGCACACCCAUCACGAGUGCACCAGUGACCAUGCAGGUGGGUGAGGGCCAACAGGUACAGAUUGUCCAGGCCGCGCAGGGUCAGGCUCAAACAGCUCAGGCCCAGGGCCAGACCAUGCAGGUCAUGCAACAGAUCAUCACCAACACGGGAGAGAUCCAGCAAAUCCCGGUGCAACUAAACACGGGCCAGCUACAGUACAUCCGUCUCGCCCAGCCUGUCUCUGGAGCACAAGUGGUCCAAGGACAGAUUCAGACUCUUGCUAACGCCCAGCAGAUCACACAGGCGGAGGUACAGCAAGGACAACAGCAAUUCAACCAGUUUACUGACGGACAGCAGUUGUAUCAGAUUCAGCAGGUGACAAUGCCAGCAGGACAAGAGUUGACGCAACCAAUGUUCAUUCAGUCCACCAACCAGACAGCUGACGUACAGGCCACGCAGGUCAGCACUGAAUGAGUCCAUCCCAAAACCUUCACUACAUGCACACGCACACACACGAAUGCACACACACACACACACACACACACACACAAACAAACACCAGCCCAUGUGGUGCCAGAUGCCACCACCUUCGACAAAGGACACCCGAAACUCUUGAUUUAGAGCACUGCUCAUUUAGAUGAUAGACAUGUAAUCUUGUAAUGCUAAUUUUCCUGGAACGAAUCUGUAACACUGGAUCCAAAACCAAAAGUACACAGACGGACUCAUUUAUGAUCACAUGCUUCAAUAUUGUUUACAUUUUUUUUUUUGUGUACUUCUUUCAUCCUGAAAUUAUGCAUCUACUGCCACAGUCAGCUGUCUCUCCACCAACCGACUAUUCUUGUCUCUGUCUUGUCUGAGCUCCACAUCAUUUUUAUUUUGUAUAAACAAAGUGAGCUAAAUUAUGCCGCCUCAUUGGAGCUGAACUGGUGGAAGUGCCUGCGUGCACGAUGUUGUCCUGUCAUACCUGUGAUCACUGAAGCCACCAAAUCCUUCGUCUCCACCUUCCUUAUUGUUUUUCAUGAAAAAUAUGAAUAGAAAUUAAGCCAUAUACCUCACUUUUUACGGACACUCAAUCUAAAGGGAUCAUGCAGCGUUUUUGAGAUUAAUAUAAAAUGUCAUGUAGUUUAAUUGUGUUCCUCACAAAUGAUGAAGCAUGACUUUUGGUUGCAAGAGCAUCAACCUGUUAAUGUUAACUGUGUAUGUGUGCACGCUUCUGGUCUCAGUCAUCUUUAUGCUUCCAUUUUGUUCCUUAAUUCACCGUGUUCUUUCACCCCAGCUCUUAGAGCAGUGAAGCUCUUCUCUACAUUUGUGUGGUUUCACACAAACUUCUUUGACCAGUUGGGUUUGGAGUCUGGUUUAAGUCUCAUGUAAAUACACAUGACUCCAUCUGGAGAAAAAAAAACAAAAACCCACACCCCUUUUAUGUAUU